CACAUCCUCUCACACACCUCCUGCCGAACCGAAACCUCCUGAAAUAACAGAUGAUCGGCUCUCUGUCUCGUGUCUCCUGCAUUCGAAUGACGUAGUGUGAUGCGGGUGUGUUUCUCAUGUGAAGGGUCUUCUCUUCUCCACCUCUCACUGAGCUUCUGCCGUUUCUGCUGCUGGCAACUUCUGCCAAUCUCUCCGAAAGGACGUAUUCGGAGAAAUCUUCAACUAAUAUUGCGCUCUUGAGUUACAGUUGUAUUACAGUAGCCCAGAAUCUGUGCAUCAGGAGGGUUUCGGGCGCGCACUGCUUUUAUAUCCGCGGACUUUGCCAAUUUAUCAUAUCCGAUUAAAGUGUCACUGUAGUGCAUGCAUUUAUGCGCGUGUUUUAUUGCUGAUGUGUGUUAGAAUGAACACAUGAACUCUGACUCUGUGUGAUUUGGUGUCUCAGGGCGGCGCGGUCCACAAUUAUUGAACGUAGUGCGGACAUUUACACCACAGACAGGUGCUCAUCUUGGACAUUUGAGCACUUUGUUGAGAAGAACAAAGCCACAGAUGUGAAUUAAAGUGAACUGAAGAAAGCGGAAAAUACGUGUCUAAGUGUGCCGAAGUGAUGCUGCAAGUGGAAAUGAUCAUAUUCGUGGGUGUGAUUCUGUGGAUGUGUGUAUUUAGUCAAGAGCCCAGCUCAAAGGUGAUGGCUGAUCGAUAUGCUGUCUACUGGAACCGAACCAACCCCAGGUUUCACCGUGGUGACUAUCACAUUGACGUCUGUAUAAACGACUAUCUGGACGUCUACUGUCCGCACUAUGAGGACACUGUACCAGAGGAGAGGACAGAGCGGUACGUCCUCUACAUGGUCAACUAUGAUGGCUACAGUACGUGUGAUCACACGGCGAAAGGUUUUAAAAGGUGGGAGUGUAACCGACCGAACUCGCCCAACGGCCCGCUCAAGUUCUCUGAGAAGUUCCAGCUCUUCACGCCAUUCUCACUGGGGUUUGAGUUUCGACCGGGCCGGGAGUAUUAUUACAUAUCAUCCAUGAUCACAGAGACGGGGAGAAGAUCGUGUCUCAAGCUAAAAGUUUUUGUGAGACCACCAAAUGGCUGUGAGAAAACCAUAGGCGUUCAUGACCGUGUGUUUGUCGAUAAUGACAAAGUAGACAGUGCGUUAGAACCCAGAGACGACACCAGUCACGAGGCGGAACCUUCCCGAAGUGACGUGUCUAAUUCAGGAAUGCAACCUCAAGCAACUCGCCCCCUGCUGGCCAUCCUGUUGCUGUGCGUCUCUGUGUUUCUCACCUUAUAGCCCCUCACCCCUGAACCGACCCCUCUCUGAACACCCGGGUCUGAGCACGAGCGGUCCGGCGCCGGAGAGACGAGACGGAUUUGAUAUUCACCAGGAACAAUUCGACUCCGCUGUUUUGUUUUCAAAAUAUUUAAGUGGUCCUUUGCUGUCUUUAAUUAAGAAAAGUUGAUUAGCCGUGCUUAGAAGAAACACAGAUCACCUGUUUAACCAAUCAACUGUGACCAUGCGUGAUCAUGUCUUGACAGCCGGUCACAGGGGAUUGGCUGCUGGGAAGAGAGGGGGAGGAGUCUGAGAUUCAGAGAGUGCUUUAUUUGGGUCCACUGGGAGCGAACUGCUCCUUUUGUUAGUGAUUAGAGCAAGUGUUCAGAAUCGAAGAACCUCCCAUGAGAAUGCUUCAUUUUGAUGGUUUAUAAGUAGGUGUCACAAAACAAAACAUCAAACCUUAAACUGUGUUCACUGGCUCAGAUCUGCUGUUAGCGAUAAAUAUACAAAGACUUCUUGCCUUUCGCCCUGUAUCUGCCUUCCCUUAACAAAUUGCAGAAUUCAUCUGAUGAAAUGGUCUGGAAAGAAGAAUGGAAAGAAGAUGGUAUUUGAGUCAAUUAGUCUGAAAGUUUCUUUACGUUACGUAGAAUAGGAAUUUGGAAGUUCAGUUUGUUCUCUACUGCAAUUUGAGGGACUUGUCUUAGUAGACCACACCACAAAAAAACAACGAUUUUGUAUUUUCUAAGAUAAACUUACUGCAACUUAAAUAUCUAUAUUUUUCCAAUGACCUUUUAUCAGUGGAUAUGAGAUAUCAAUGUAAACGGAUCACUGAAAUUCUGUUUUUUUCAUCACUGUUUGUUCGACUCUGUUAGGAACCAAAUAUCAAAAGGGGCUCCACGUUUUCCCCUGUUCAUAGGGGUGGGACAAACCAACUUUUGUUUGAAUAGGCCUUAUACUGUACACAAUACUAAUAUGUCUUGAAAGUGCUUCAAAUUUAGCAUUUAAGUGGGGGGUAGUUCAUUAAUACAAAUAGCUGUUAAUCAAUGCAAUUUUGACUUGUUUGAUAUGCUGAUAUACAACACACAUUAGCACUCGACUCGACCAUGGGCAUUCCCUUAAACUCCUUCAAUAGCCUAACAUAUGAGAGAGGAACGAAUUGGUGAAUCUCGCGAAACUGGUCAAGAACAUUUGCGGGUCGUAUUUUAACCCCAAAUCUAAAGAAUGAAAUAAUGAAGAAUGAAGCCUGUUUUAGUGCCAUUAAAACAUUUUCUCAUAAUUCUCAUUACAUAUUAAUGAGGGGGAAAAUACACUGGCAUGUAAAAUUGAUGUGUGUAAUGUUUCGGAUGUUAAAAUUCUUACUCAUAUACCAUUUUAAUGUGGAUAGGUAACUAUAAAGCAUCCAUAUUUGAUUUUCUGAAGUAUAAACACUGUGACGUGACUUCAGAUAUGUUUGAGCAUCCCGUCCGCCAUUGGUGCCUUGAUCCCGCCGCGGAAUAAAACAAAUUACAAAAAAGGUCAUUUUAAGUUUAUAUCUCACAUUUGUGACCUUAUUUCUUGCAAUCACGAAAAAUAGUCACAAUUUUGAGAUUAUAUCCCAAAAUUGCCAUUACAUAUGUGAGAUAUAGUCACAAUUUCGUGAUUUAAACGUAUAAUUCUGAGAUAUAAAAUUGCCAUUGCAAGAAAAAGUCGUAAUUCUAAGAAAUAAAGACGCAAAUGCAAGACAUAAUUUCAAAAUUACAAGAUAUAGUCACAAUUUCAUGAUUGAAACAUAUAAUUCUGAGAUAUAAAAUUUUAAUUGUUAUAAAAAGUCGUAAUUCUAAGAAAUAAAGAUGUAGUUGUAAGAUAUAAACUCAAAAUUAAAAGAUAUAGUCACAAUUCCGUGAUUUAAACGUUUCAUUUUGAGAUAUAAAAUUGCAAUUGCGAAAAAUAGUCGCAAUUCAAAAAAUAAAGAUGUAAUUGUAAGAUAUAAACUCAAAAUUAAAAGAUAUAGUCACAAUUUCAAUAUAUAAACGUUUAAUUCUGAGAUAUUAAAUUUUAAUUAUGAAAAAAGUCGUAAUUCUAAGAAAUAAAGAUACAAUUUCGUGAUUUAAACAUUUAAUUCUGAGAUAUUAAAUUGCAAAAAAUAGUCGCAGUUCUAAGAAAUAAAGAUACAAUUUCGUGAUUUAAACAUUUAAUUCUGAGAUAUUAAAUUGCAAUUGCAAAAAAUAGUCGCAAUUCAAAAAAUAAAGAUGUAGUUGUAAGAUAUAAACUCAAAAUUAAAAGAUAUAGUCACAAUUUCAAUAUAUAAACAUUUAAUUCUGAGAAAUUAAAUUUGAAUUGUGAGAAAAAGUCGUAAUUCUAAGAAAUAAAGAUACAAUUUCGUGAUUUAAACGUUUAAUUCUGAGAUAUUAAAUUUUAAUUGUGAGAAAAAGUCGUAAUUCUAAGAAAUAAAGAUGCAAUUGCAAGAUCUAAACUCACAGUGAGAUUAAAAAAAAGCCAAAAUUACCUUUUUUUUAAUUUAUUUUUUCGAGGCAGGAUCCGGCUUCAUUAUGACUUAGCAACAUUGACACCAACCAAUGUUGUGACUUUUGGGGCGGGACAAUCUAUUUGAUUGACCACUGAAAGAUUGGGGGGGGUUUGAGAAACCUCUUUGAAAACAGUCAUUUUGCGAUAUUGUUCUGUGCCACUUGUUUCACAUAAAUUAGACUCUUCUCCUUUAAACUGUGAAGUAAUGGGAGCAUUUCUUCAGCAGCCUUUAAUUUGUUGAUAUAAAAAAGUUCUUUUAUUACAGUAAUUAGUAAUGCGAAUCACCAUUGAGAAUAAUGGAAAUUACAAACAAACUCAAAUGUAAUCUGCUUAAUUGACAUGAAAAAACUUUCUUUAUCUAAUAAAUAUAUAUUUCUCUUUUGAUUUUGGGGUGAAAUAUGACCUGGACAUGUUUUGCUGUGAUGAAAAGACAUUGUUGUAUGCCUGGUUACAUCCCCCCACCACAUUUUCCAGUUUAAGAGCCUUAAUGAGCUUCAACGGCAGCCAGUCGGAGCUCAUGUGUUGGAGAGAAAAUAUUUGUGAUAUUAAAAUAGACGGUGAAGCGUCAGGUCCGAUUUCGCCAAGGAGGGGUUUUCUUUGACCUCCAGUCGGACUGCACUGAUGAGUGAUAAAACGACAUGCAUAAAAAGAAGAGAGAGAGAGAGAGGGGUUGGUUAGCAAGGAUUCAUAACAAUAAACAGUGCUGUGUACUUUUCAAACAGUCCCAAAUUGGAUAAUCGUUUCUGGCUUUUUAAUUCUCAAUUGGCCUGUUUCUGUCCGCUAGUACUGCAAACAAACUGCGUUUUGUUUGUUUUCGUUUGAACGGUAAUAAAGCGAUUUCAGCAGCUCGGCUUUGCAACAUUGGGACUAGAGAAAACACCAUAUGUGCUCCGUUUCAUGGUUUUGCAUUAGAAACCAUGAAAGAACCUUUUGAAAAUCAGCUUCAGUAGUAUUUGUAUCAUUUGUACUCUGAUUAUUACCAUGAUUACCACGCUUUAUAUACACACUUUGAACUGGGAAACAGGAAUCAGCGUAAUAAAUGGAUACCGUGUAUCCUGAAGUAGUCGUAUAGUGUUAGAAUAAUACUUGUUUUGUUUGUACCUUUCUGGAGGACAAGGAAAAAUAGACACAUUGAUUAUUGUUAUUAUUAUGAUUAUUAAUUAUUAUUAUUAUGAUUCAACAUUGUUAUUUGUUAUUAUUAAUAUCUCAUUAAAUGUUAGGAUCAAAAUGUGUUGUACAUAAUGUUUGAUAUUGAGGUAUUAAUUUGAUUCACAUGUCUUUUCUAAAAAAAAAACAAAAAAAUAUGAGUGAAAAAUGUGCGCAGAGACUCGAGGGGUGUUCAUACAAUAAACGUUUCAACGCUUUCUGCAGCCAAUGAGUGGCCAGCUUUAAAACCCUGAGCUUAUAGGAAGGCCUCGUCUACAUAAUUAUGUUUCAAAUCUCCUGCCAACAUUUUUCAUCACCAUGAGGAUCCAAUCAUCUAGGACUGACGUUUUUUUGACUCCUUUGGCUCCCGCGUUUCAAGGAUGCAGCGUUUUUGCGAGCCAGGAGUCUCUUUCUGGGAACUGUUUUUGCUUUUUAAACUGAAGGAACUGGCCGGUUUCGUAAUGUGGCAUGUGCAUGGACUUGAUAAUGACAAACAUGUUAAUAAAGUGUUCUGUUGGCUGUUUCA